AUGUCUUCAUCUACUGCCAACCAAUCUUACAGCAACUAUGGCAGCUACACCAACAGCAACAGCUCUGGUGGCUCAACUUACACGGGUGGCCAGGGUACUUCUAGCGGCGCCAUGAUGGAUCAGUGGGCCACGACUAGAGACCGAACCGAGAACUUCUACGUUACUGGUCAAAGGACUGGCCGCGGCAUUAUCACAACCAUCGACACGACUAUCCUCAAGUUCGAGAAAGAAUUUAAUGGAAGGAGAUGA